AGGGCGGGCAAUGGGGAACAGCGGGAAAUUCGAAAGGAAAGCGGGAGUCUUCCGCGCUGCAGCGGCCUUGAGGCCAGGGUCCCCUCCUCGGAGCGGGGGGCCUCGCGCCCGCCAGUGCAUUCUUUCCCGUGACUUCACCUGUUUCCCUGCUUUGGGGUGUCAGGGUCACCCGAAAUCUUCGCCGAAGAGGAGAUGCUUUUCUUUGUGGAGCUGGAGGAACUCAUUCCAAGGAGAACCGGGCACCACGAUCGCGAUGAAGAAUUGCGUUCAGUAGUAACAGCUAUAAUGCUCUGCAGGGGUUGAGGGACGUUACACUUGGGGUUUUGGUAGCGGUGCCCUUUGAGAGGUCCUUCAGGUGACACAGCUGCUGGGAAACUGAAGGUCAGGGGCCGAGACUACUUGGGAAGAGUCGAGUAAAACGUCUACAGAAUCAUGGAAGGCACCUGGGGGUGACCAGGGUGCCAGGAAGUAAAGUGAAAGGCAUUUGCAGGUUUCAGAAUAAAGUGGGAGCUUCCUUUCCUGAAACAAUUCUGAGCCGAGGACCUGAUAACCGCUACCUGGUGUUAGCAGUUGACAUUGUGCAGAAAGAAGAAGGAAGCUGCGAAAAGCACUUAAUGAUCACUGCCUCCCAAUCACUGGAAUGUAAAGAACGGUGCAUCCUUAGGAAUGACUGGUAUUCUGUACCAGUACAGCCAGGGGACAUCAUUCAUUUGGAAGGAGACUGCUCAUCUGAUACUUGGAUAAUAGAUAAAGAUUUUGGAUUUUUGAUCCUAUAUCCAGAUGUGCUGAUUUCUGGUACAAGCAUAGUCAGUAGUAUUCGAUGUAUGAGAAGAGCUGUCCUAAAUGAAACUUUUAAGUACUCUGACCCAGCCACACGCCAGAUGUUGAUUGGUAUGGUUCUCCAUGAAGUAUUUCAGAAAGCAAUAAGUGGUAGCUUUGCAUCAGAAAAGCUAAGAGAACUUGCUUUUCAAACUGUUCAAGAAAUAAGGCAUUUGAAGGAAAUGUACCGCUUAAAUCUGAGUCAAGAUGAAAUAAAACAAGAAGUAGAGGAGUAUCUUCCUUCCUUUUCGAAGUGGGCUGGAGAUUUCAUGCAUAAGAGUGUUUCCACCGACUUCCCUCAGAUGCAGCUUUCCCUGCCAAGUGAUGAUAGUAAUAAUAAUUCAACAUGUAACAUUGAAGUAAUAAACUCACUGGAUAUCGAAGAAAGUAUUUGGUCCCCUAGGUUUGGCAUAAAGGGCAAAAUAGAUGUCACAGUUGGUGUGAAAAUACAUCGAGGUCAUAAAGCGAAAUAUAAAGUCAUGCCACUGGAGCUUAAAACUGGCAAAGAAUCCAAGUCUAUUGAACAUCAUGGUCAGGUGGUUCUCUACACACUGCUGUGCCAGGAAAGGAGGGUGGAUCCCGAGGCUGGCUUGCUUCUUUACCUUAAGACGGGGCAGAUGUACCCUGUGCCUGCCAAGCAUCUGGAUAAAAGAGAAUUAUUAAAGCUAAGAAACCAGAUGGUAUUCUCUUUGAUGCACCGUACUAGCAAAUCUGCUAAUGAAAAGGAGACACGGCUUACUCCUUUGCCUCAAAUAAUCGAGGAAGAGAAAAUCUGUAAAUAUUGUUCACAGAUGAACAACUGUGCUCUUUAUAGCAGAGCAGUGGAACAACAGAUGGAGGACGGUUCGGUCCCGGUGGUUAUGCUGCCCAGAAUAAAAGAAGCUACUGAGCACCUGAAGCUCACGCACUUACAGUAUUUUAGCCUUUGGUGUCUCAUGUUAACCCUGGAGUCACAAUCAAAAGACAAUCGAAGGAAUCACCAGAAUAUCUGGCUCGUGCCUGCCUCUGAAAUGGAGAAGAGUGGUAGCUGCAUCGGCAGCCUAAUCAGAACAGAACAUGUAAAGACAGUUUGUGAUGGACAAUACUUGCAUAACUUCCAGCGUAAAACUGGAGCCAUGCCUGUCACAAAUCUAAUGGCAGGGGACAGAGUUAUUUUAAGUGGAGAAGAGAGAACACUGUUUGCUCUGUGCAGAGGAUAUGUAAAGGAGAUUAACAUGACAACAGUAACCUGUUUAUUAGACAGGAACUUAUCAGUACUUCCAGAAUCAACUUUGUUUAGACUAGACCAGGAAGGAAAAAAUUGUGAUAUAGAUACUCCACUAGGAAAUCUCUCUAAAUUGAUGGAAAACACUCAGCACAGCACGAGACUUCGAGAUUUAAUUAUCGACUUUCAGGAGCCUCAGUUUAUAUCCUCCCUCAGUUCUGUCCUUCCACAUGAUGCAAAGGAUACAGUGGCCGGCAUUCUAAAGGGUUUAAAUAAGCCUCAGAGACAAGCAAUGAAAAAGGUUCUUCUUUCAAAAGACUACACACUCAUCGUGGGUAUGCCUGGGACAGGAAAAACCACCACCAUCUGUUCCCUUGUGAGAAUCCUCUAUGCCUGUGGUUUCAGUGUUCUGUUAACCAGCUAUACACAUUCUGCUGUUGACAAUAUUCUUUUGAAGUUAAACAAGUUUAAAAUCAAAUUUUUGCGUUUGGGUCAGACUCAGAAGGUUCAUCCAGAUAUCCAGAAAUUUACAGAGGAGGAAAUUUGUAGAUCAAAAUCCAUUAAAUCCUUGGCUGUCCUAGAAGACUUGUAUAAUAGUCAACUUAUAGUUGCCACAACAUGUAUGGGAAUAAACCAUCCAAUAUUUUCCCGUAAAACUUUUGAUUUUUGUAUUGUGGAUGAAGCCUCUCAAAUCAGCCAACCAAUUUGCCUGGGGCCACUUUUUUUUUCUCGGAGAUUUGUGUUGGUGGGAGAUCAUCAACAACUUCCCCCGCUGGUGGUAAACCGUGAAGCAAGAGCUCUUGGCAUGAGUGAAAGCUUGUUCAAGAGACUGGAGCGGAAUAAGAAUGCUGUUGUGCAAUUAACUGUACAGUACAGGAUGAACAGUACAAUCAUGUCCUUAAGUAAUAAGCUGACCUAUGAAGGAAAGCUGGAGUGUGGAUCAGACAGAGUGGCCAGUGCAGUGAUGAUUUUACCUAACUUUAAAGAUGUCAAGCUGGAACUGGAAAUUUAUGCUGAUUAUUCUGAUAGUCCCUGGCUGAGUGGAGUAUUUGAGCCAAGUAAUCCUGUUUGCUUUCUUAACACAGAAAAGGUUCCAGCACCAGAACAAGUUGAAAAAAGUGGUGUGAGCAAUAUAAUAGAAGCCAAACUCAUAGUUUUCUUGACUGCAACUUUUAUUAAGGCUGGAUGUAAUCCCUCUGAUAUUGGUAUCAUUGCACCAUAUAGGCAGCAGUUAAAGAUCAUCAGGGAUUUAUUGCCACAUUCUUCUUUGGGGACAGUUGAAGUUAAUACAGUAGACAAGUACCAAGGAAGAGACAAAAGAAUAAUCCUCGUAUCUUUUGUUAGAAGUAAUAAAGAUGGAACUCUUGGUGAACUCUGGAAAGAUUGGCGACGCCUUAAUGUUGCUAUAACCAGAGCGAAACAUAAACUGAUUCUCUUGGGGUGUGUGCCCUCACUAAAGCAAUAUCCUCCUUUGGAGAAGCUGUUUUGUCAUCUAAACUCAGAAAAAUUAAUAUCCUUUUUUGUCAGGUAUGUGGCUACAUUUGUGCUACUGUUCUUUUUAUGAACUUGUCUAAAUUGAAACUUGGUGUCCAAUGUUUUUCACCUGCGUUUCUCAAAGAUCUACUUUGACAGAGGAGAGAGAAAAUAAUUCACAGGAGGUCAUGGUACAUCACAGGAAGAAAUGGAAGUGACAGAGGUAGAUAAUUUGUAAACUAAGAAAGGAAAAAAGUGAAACAUAAUCUGUUGUCCCAAAACUAGCACAUUCAGGAAAAUUGGUUCACUCUUCUCUGGUUCUCUCCCAAUUUAUAGCCUUAUUUUUUGUUUUUAACUUUAUUUAUUAUAGUGUGUGUGGGGGGACCCAGGGCCUUGUAUAUAUUAGGUAAGUGCUGUUCAACUGAGUGACACCCCCAGCCCUUCCUCCAGUAUUUUUUCAAACCAUUAAAAAACUUAUUGGAUGCUCUUUUUUUUUUUUUUGGUAGUGCAUCAAAUGCAUGACCUUGCGCUUGCCAGGCAGGAGCUAAUGCUGCUGAGCUAAGUCCCAGGGCCCUGGAUGCUCUUAAGAUACAUUAAUCUUGGGCUGGAGAUUUAGCUCAGUGGUGAAAGCGCCCACCUUGCAAGUACACAGUUGUAAGUUUGAAACCCAGUACCAAAAAAAUAAAACAAAAAAAGGUACAUUAAUCUUAGUUAUUUCUAUUAUUUUUAUUUUUUUACUUUUUGGGUACCAUGGAUCGAACUCAUGACUUUGUGCUUGUCAGGCAGGUGCUUAUGCUUAUGCCACUGAACUAAAUCUCUUGCCCAUAUAUAUUUUUUUAAUUUUAAAGAGAAAAAAAAAUUUCAAAACAAGAUAAUUAGAGGAUAACAAUGGUUAAUAUAUUGUGAGGGGCUGGGGAUUUAGCUUAGUGGCAUAAGCACCUGCCCUGCAAGCAGGCAGUCAUGAGUUGAUCCCUGGUACCGAUAAAAAGGAAAAAGACAAAAACAAAAAAAACAUUGUGUAUUGUUAUCUUUAAAUUACUAGGCGUACAAAGUAUCUGUAUUUAAUCAAUACAGAUUUCAAAUUUCAAACAAUAUUAAUAUCAGUCUUUUCAAUGAACUAAGAGAAAUUAGUAGUAUAAUUAUCAUAUAUAUAUAUAUAUAUACACAUAUAUAUAUAUUUCCUUCAGCUUCUCUCACUAGAGAGACAGAUAUAUUAAUCUUAUUGCUUAAGUACAUAAUUUUCCAUAGCGUGUCAUGCAGCUCUUCACUUUUUUUUUUUUUUGAUGGGGGGAGUCUUUUCUCGCUAUACAGUUCAGGCUGACCUUGAGCUCACUUUGUAGCCAGGCUGGUCUCGAACUUGCAACAAACCUCUUGCCUCAGCCUCCUGAGCACCGGAUUAUAGGUGUGCACUAGCACACCAAGCUGUUGUUCAGUUUUUGUAGGUCUGUAAAUUCUACUUUAAAAUGUGGGGAAAUGUCAUAAAUGUUUCUGUGGACUCCCAUAUUGGUAAAUGUAUCUUUCUUUAAUUAUUUUAUAUCAUUGAUCUUCCAUCAAGAAAACAUGAAAGUCUCUGUCACAUACUGGGAGAUUUUCAGAGAGGAUAAGGCACUGUUUCCUUACCGAUUCACACUAGGCAUUGUCGCCUAGCUGGUGCUGCUAUUCUUCUUUUUGGUUUGCUGAAAAUCAGAGCCUGGUAAAACUGUGAAGAUGAUUUGUAUUCAAGGGUGCUGUACAAAGUUCCAGCUGUUUGUUUUUUAAAAUUUAUUUAAUCUCGUCUCGUUAAACAUAAAAAUGCAAUUGUCAUACAAUAUUUCAUACAGUAUUUAAGUACUAAUGUAUCCAAAACUGGAGAAACUGUAAAUUUAGUGGUACUAUAAAUACAUUUUUAUCUUGCUGAGGAAAAAUUUGAUAAACUUUUAACCAACUUUAAACAUGGAUUAAAUUCUGGAUCUGAGUUUAAAUUUUUAAGUCUAAAGUUUCAGGACAAAUUUGGUUUUAUAGAUUUAACCACAAGAAUUAUAUGUAAGCCGGGCGUGGUGGCUCACGCCUGUAAUCUCAGCACUCGGGAGGCUGAGGUGGGAGGAUCCUUGGAAGUUCGAGACCAGCCUGGGCUACAAAGUGAGCUCAAGGCCAGCCUGAACUGCAUAGUGAGACCCCAUCUCAAAAAGACAAAAAAAAAAAAAAAAGAAUUAUAUGUAAAAGACUAGAUAAAUAAAGUUUUGAUCAUUUAAACACAAUGCUAUGAUACUGAGAAAAAAGGUGUGAUUUUUUUUCCCCCCUUCUGUAUUUUGAGGUUCCCGAUUCAAAGGUCAUUUUGAUUUUUAGUACUCAGUUCAGAUUCACUUGGUACUCUAGGUUGGCCCUGAAAUCCCUCCUCAGUGCUAGCAUUACAGGUGUGUGCCACUACAUCCAGUUAAAAUGGAAUUUGAUAGUUUGUUACGUUUUUAAAAAUUUUUUUUAUUAUUUUUAGAAGAAAUCUUAUUUUCUUAAUUGAUGACAAAACUAAAUGUUAUAAAACAUGUUAUAUUUCUUAUUUACGUACUGUUUACUUAUUUAUAUUUGUUUGCUUUUGUGUUUGAGGGCAUUCCUCAGUUUUCAUGUUUGUGUGUUGGGUUUGGCAGCUACUCAGGAGGCUGCGGCAGGAGAAUCUCAAGCCAAAGGCCAGCCUAGGCAACCUGGGGAUCCUGUCUUAAAUACAAAAGUAUAGGGGGCUGGGGAUUUAGCUCAGCGGCAUAAGCACCUGCCUUGCAAGCAGGCGGUCGUGAGUUCAAUCCCCGGUACUGAUAAAAAUGAAAAAGACAAAAAAAAAAAAAAAAAACCAAAAGUAUAAA